GGGGAAAGGUGUCAGAUAAAGGAGGGCUCUCCUCCCGAGUGGAGGCAUCAUGGCCGCUAAAUCAGACGGGAGGCUGAAAAUGAAGAAGAGCAGCGACGUGGCGUUCACCCCGCUGCAGAACUCGGACCACUCGGGCUCGGUGCAGGGAUUGGCUCCGGGCUUGCCGUCGGGGUCGGGAGCCGAGGACGAGGAGGCGGCCGGGGGCGGCUGCUGCCCGGACGGCGGUGGCUGCUCGCGCUGCUGCUGCUGCUGCGCCGGGAGCGGCGGCUCCGGGGGCUCGGGCGGCUCCGGCGGCGGCGCUGGCGGCCCGGGCGGCGGCGGGGCGGGCUCGGCGGCGCUGUGCCUGCGCCUGGGCAGGGAGCAGCGGCACUACUCACUGUGGGACUGCCUCUGGAUCCUGGCCGCCGUGGCCGUGUACUUCGCGGACGUGGGCACGGACGUCUGGCUCGCCGUGGACUACUACCUGCGCGGCCAGCGCUGGUGGUUCGGGCUCACGCUCUUCUUCGUGGUGCUCGGGUCGCUGUCGGUGCAAGUGUUCAGCUUCCGCUGGUUUGUGCACGAUUUCAGCACCGAGGACAGCGCCGCGGCCGCAGCUGCCUCCAGCUGCCCUCAGCCUGGAGCGGAUUGCAAGACGGUGGCCGGUGGUGGGUCUGCAGCCGGGGAAGGCGAGGCUCGUCCUUCCACGCCGCAAAGGCAAGCAUCCAACGCCAGCAAGAGCAACAUCGCCGCGGCCAACAGCGGCAGCAACAGCAGCGGGGCUACCCGGGCCAGUGGCAGUCACAGGUCUUCGUCCUGCUCCUUCUGCAUCUGGCUCCUGCAGUCACUCAUCCACAUCUUGCAGCUCGGGCAAAUCUGGAGAUAUUUCCACACAAUAUACUUAGGUAUUCGAAGCCGACAGAGUGGGGAGAAUGACAGAUGGAGGUUUUACUGGAAAAUGGUAUAUGAGUAUGCGGAUGUGAGUAUGCUGCAUUUGCUAGCCACCUUUCUGGAAAGUGCUCCCCAGCUGGUCCUGCAGCUCUGCAUUAUCGUACAGACUCAUAGCUUACAGGCCCUCCAAGGUUUCACAGCGGCAGCCUCCCUCGUGUCCUUGGCCUGGGCCUUGGCCUCCUACCAGAAGGCCCUCCGGGACUCUCGAGAUGACAAGAAGCCCAUCAGCUACAUGGCCGUCAUCAUCCAGUUCUGCUGGCACUUUUUCACCAUCGCCGCCAGGGUCAUCACGUUUGCCCUCUUUGCCUCGGUGUUCCAGCUGUACUUUGGGAUCUUCAUCGUCCUUCACUGGUGCAUCAUGACCUUCUGGAUCGUCCACUGUGAGACAGAAUUCUGCAUCACCAAAUGGGAAGAGAUUGUGUUCGACAUGGUGGUGGGGAUUAUCUAUAUCUUCAGUUGGUUCAAUGUGAAGGAAGGCAGGACACGCUGCAGGCUAUUCAUUUACUAUUUUGUGAUCCUUUUGGAAAAUACGGCCUUGAGUGCCCUCUGGUACCUCUAUAAGGCUCCCCAGAUUGCAGACGCAUUUGCCAUCCCAGCGCUGUGUGUGGUGUUCAGCAGCUUUUUAACCGGCGUUGUGUUUAUGCUGAUGUAUUAUGCCUUCUUUCAUCCCAAUGGACCCAGAUUCGGGCAGUCACCAAGUUGUGCUUGUGAGGACCCAGCCGCUGCCUUCACUUUGCCCCCAGACGUGGCCACAAGCACCCUACGGUCCAUCUCCAACAACCGCAGCGUUACCAGCGACCGCGAUCAGAAAUUCGCAGAGCGGGAUGGGUGUGUACCCGUCUUUCAGGUGAGGCCCACUGCCCCGUCCACCCCAUCAUCUCGCCCACCACGGAUUGAAGAAUCAGUCAUUAAAAUUGACUUGUUCAGGAAUAGGUACCCAGCAUGGGAGAGACACGUGUUGGACCGAAGCCUCCGAAAGGCUAUUUUAGCUUUUGAAUGUUCCCCAUCUCCUCCGAGGCUGCAGUAUAAAGACGAUGCCCUUAUUCAGGAGCGGUUGGAGUACGAAACCACUUUAUAAAGCAAAGGGAGUUGCAGGAGCCACAACAUCCAGAUAAAGGGGUG